AGUUGUGUAAUGCUGCACGUUUUACAGUUCUGCACUGCACAUGAUCCAAAUUACUGCGCAUAAUUAGGAAGUUUAUUUUGUAUUACCGUCUAUGAUUAUUACACAUCAUAAAUGUACACCGUUACAGUGAAUAGGAGGCAUUUAGUAUAAAUACAGUGCCAACGCUCAGUGUUCUCUAUAGACUCACAUACCUACUGCAGCUUUCAGCCAAACGCCCAUGAUGUCUCUAACCCAGUUUGUCGCUCUCACUCUUCUCAUUGGCUCUGUGCUCUGCUAUCCUGUCGAGGAUUUAUCUGAAACAGAGCUGUAUAGCGCCGAACAAUUGAUAGACGCACAGGUGCAGGAGGACUAUGAACCUGAGUUUCCUAACCUUGUUGAAGAAGCAGGCUACUCUCAAGAAGUGACUGAGGAAGACAUACCCGAUUUCUCAGACAUCACAGAGGCUGAAGACGCUGAUUUGGAACAUCCACUUAUUACAUAUGGGGAUGUUGCUGUGAAGCCUAGAUCCCGAAAUGCUGCUCCAUGCACACUUAGGGGAUGCAAAUGGCCAAAGCAUGCUAACGGAUUUGUAUACGUGCCGGUGGUGAUUUCAUCCCGUUACAAUCAAACUGAGAGAAAUAUCAUCAUAAAAGGCCUCACAAGCCUACACAACACUACCUGCAUCCGGUUCGUGUGGUGGAAUGGACAUAGGGAUUACUUAUAUAUCUAUCCAGGUCAAGGGUGCUGGUCAUUUGUGGGCCGUCAGGGAGGACAGCAGGCCCUGUCCCUCCAGAGGCCUGGCUGUGUCUAUCAUCACGUAGUGCAGCAUGAGAUGCUCCAUGCUCUGGGCUUCCACCAUGAGCAGGUCCGCAGUGACCGCAACAACCAUGUCAUUAUCCUGGAGGAAAACAUCAUCCCAGGCAAAGAACGUAACUUCAGACAGAUUGCAACCAACAAUCUUUGGACUCCUUAUGACUACAGAUCUGUGAUGCAUUAUGGGAGGUACUACUUCUCCAAAGACAGGGGCAGACUGCCAACCAUCAUCCCAAAACCAAACCCCAAUGUCACAAUAGGCCUCGCCACCCAAAUGAGUCGCUAUGACGUUCUGAGGGUUAAAAGGCUUUAUAUGUGUUAAGCCCAUUACUGAAAAACGAAGAACGAAAAGGACUCAGUUUUGUACUUAUAAGCAACAUUCAGCAUAUCUUUAUUUCUUUUAUAUAACUGUAUUGCACGUAGUGUAUAUUUUGUUUUUCUUAUGUAUGAUGUAUCAAUAUCUGUAAAAAAAAUGCUUGAUUAAACAUAUAUUUCCGUUAAAGUUCA